AUGGAGCUGGAGGCGCUGCAGCUCGUGGAGUUCGCCUACAACCGGCAGCGCGGAGAGCCGCGCUACGCCCCCUUCCGACAUCGCGGCGUGCCGCCCCGCUACCCGGCGUUCGAGCUGCAGCUGCCGGUGCUGCUGCUGCCCUGGGACGACGAGCGCGGCGGCGUCAUGUGCUUCGCGCACCCCGUGCACCAGGCACCGCUCACGUCCGAGGCGGCCAAUCAGGACGAGGCGGCGCUGCUGGGCGUGUGCCGCUGCGGCGUCGUGCGCUUCGCCAAGUACUUCCAGCGCGGCCGCCUGGGCGCCGCCCCCACGUACGACGUGGCCCUCAAGGUCAUGGACAAGACGCAGCUCAAGCUGCAGCACGACGACGUGCUGAACGAGGUGCGCGUCAUGGCGCAGCUGCAGCCACCGGGCUUCGCGGGCGUCUACAACUCGCCGCACUUCUCGCAGUGGGAGUGUCUGGCGGACGAGCACAACGAGUACAUCGCCAUGGACUGGGCGGCCAAUGGCAGCCUCAUCAUGUACGCCAAGCGGCGGCUCACGGACUACAAGCGCUUCGCCGUGGAGCGGCUGGUGAACCGGAUGACGUCGCUGCCCGAGCUCGAGCAGGCGGUCAACACGUUCGUGGCCAGGGCCUGGAUGCUCGAGGCGCUGCAUAUCUUCGAAGGCGUGCUCAAGGGACUCGCCUACAUGCACGCGCAGAACGUGUGCCAUCUGGACGUGGACCCGUGCAACGUGGUGAUCGACGCCGAGUCCAACCCGAGAGUCAUCGACUUCGGUAGCUCUGAGAUCAUGACCAACAACGGACGCGCCGGAGCGGACGACCGACUGAUCAAGUUCAAGCCGCUCUAUGUGGCGGACGAGGUCAGGGCGCAUAACCAGCACCCGUCACCAAGACCCGGGUUCUUGGGAGCUCCAGCAGAUAUGUGGUCAGCUGGCGUGUUGCUGUACCAGUUGCUGUGUUUUGGAUACCCCAAGGGCCACUUGGCGCUCGUGUGUGACACGAACUGGGCCACGAACCUGCUCGCUCACGCGAACCAGCCUGGCUACAACUCGUGUCUCGGCCAGGAAGGCUGCCUCAUUUGCUUCCGCCACAUCGAGUUCCGGCCCCUAAUUUAUGAAAUCUUCCGCGGCUUGCUGCUCGCGGACCACCCGACCGAGCGGCUGACGGCUGUGGCGACUGCUAACCUGCUUCAGCCGCUGCUCGUCGACUACGACGUCGACUUUAAUCGCCGCUCACAAGCUGUACUAAACUCGCUCGGAUGA